AACCGAAAAGUCGCUGAUUCAAAUCCCGGAGCUGACUAGGUGAAACAUUUGUCGAUGAGCCCUUGAGCAAUGGAGUUAACCCGAAUUACACCUGUAAAUCGCUCUGGAUAAGAGCGUCUGCUAAAUGACUAAAAUGUAUAACAUAAUGACUAGGGUGUAGAGCCUAUACAAAUGUUAGGAUAUAAACAAAUAAUCUCAAAUGGUUAACUAACGUCAAUUACAAUUUUGCAAAAUAUAGCCGAGUUCAUAUUAUUUUAUAAAUCUGACCAAUUCUUCAACAAAUACAGAGUCAAACAGUGCAAAUAGCAUGGGGACGUAACUUUGCUUGUUGUGUCUACCCUACGCUGCGCGGCUAUCCGCACUGGGCGUAGGUCCGUUUCAUGCGCGCAGGCACAGUCUCAAAUGCAGAGAGCUCUCCACUGCUCACCGCGCCGCCAGUGAAGUGAAAAUGGGUCUCGAAAAGGAGAAUUACGAGACGAGUAUUAUCAUGGACGAGGACGAGUUCAACAGAUCAAUAGAACCGAUUUUGUCGAAAAAAGACAAAGUCUACGCGGAGAUCCCAGACCGAGAUCCCAAUGACAUAAACGCGCACUUAAAGGUUGGUUUUGAUGAUGUGAUCGCAGAGCCCAGUUCCAGCCACAGCUUCGACAGAGUAUGGAUAGGAAGUCACGCCGUCUUCGAACUGGUCAAAUAUGUAUUCUACCGAAUACUGACCACAAUCCUCGCUGUUCCCAUGGCAUUUAUCAUCGGGAUAGUCUUCGGGGUCCUCAGCUGUAUUCAUAUUUGGGUGUUGAUGCCGGUGGUGCGGAGCUGUCUGAUGGCCCUGCCCUCUGUUCAGGUGGUCUGGAGCAGCCUUACAGACAUUUUUGUCACCCCCCUCUUCCACAGUAUGGGCCGGUGUCUGUCCUCUGUCCACGUCAAGGCCAUGGACAACUGAUAGGGGCUUUCCUUCCCUGUUAUGGGGGAGGGGGGGGUGUGGGGGGUUAAGAAGUUAAAGGAUAUCUUCACUUUUUGACCUAUAUCUAAGUGGAAAAAUUAGUAAAUAAUUUGAGGUAAGUCUAAAAGAAAGUGACGAUAUCCUUUACUCAUGUUUGCGUUGAAAUAUAUAAGCUCUUUAUAUGAUGUAAUUAUGGGAGAACAUAUAAGUGUAACUGAUAAGAUACGAGCGCUCAUAAAGGAUGAUUAGGGUCAACUUCCCUUUGACAACACCACAGCACCAUCUGGGUAAUAAGAUGAUCCAACAUGAUCAUUUAUGUCAUUUGGAAUUUCAAGAUUCACAAGAUAAAUCAUAACGUCCAUGUUUAUAGAAGUGGUUGUGUAGCGUUUAUAAACAGCUUUGAAUUAUUCUACCAAAAGGAAAAUUGUGAAGUGACCAAAAUAAAUCAUUGUCAUUCCAUUAUUCUGAUGCUAAAAUAACAGUUUUAAUCAUAUUUGAUCAGAUCAGGGCAACAGUAUAUUGGCCGAUUAGGCAUCAUACCAUUCCUGGCAUCAGACAUGUAAUGUUUGUGUAGUUUCUGCUUUUUAUGUGAUGUGUAUAUAUAGCAGAGGAUUCAGAUGGAAGUUGAAUUAAUGAAUUACUUCAUAUGUUUUCUGUAAUAGAAUGUAGACAGAUCCUAGAUGCUGAGAUGCAGCUUAUUGCAUACUUCUGCAGCCUUAUUCUGCUACUGCUGUGUUUAUCUCAGCGCUUUGGAUACAUUUUGGGCAUUUGCUUUUAUACAAAGACAACCUACCUAGUAAAAACCUAAGACUGUUGUAUACAUUUUGAACAGAAGCUGGACUUUUACAUUUCUAAUAUAAUAAACAAAAAGGGUGGGUUGUCUGAGUAUUGGCUUUCUAAUUAAUUAUUUAUGCACAAUUGCCAUGUUUCUGUGAGUCGUGAAAAAACUGGACAGAACUUGUAUGUUAAGUAUCUAAGAUGAGUUGACUACUCUGGUUUAUUCUAUACAGUCAGGUACAUGGUUGUAGGCCUAGGUGCUGCUGAGCUUGCUAUAAAAGCCAUAGAGCAGCUAGCUUGAUUUAUUGUUUGACGUCAGAACCCAAAUGUGGAGAGAAUCUGGCAGACAGUGCCACCAGUUCUUCACAACGAAUCAUAUAAUACGUCACACAAGACCUUGGCUUCAUCCAAAAGGGCACCCUAUUCCCUAAAAAGUAGUGUACUAUAUAGGGAAUAGGGUGUCAUUUCAGACGCAUCCUUGUGCUUUGUUUUAAAGGACAACCAAGCGCAGCGAUUCUGUCUGUGACUUCUAAUCCUUUGGCUAAGCGAGGCGGUUGACAGCCUGCCAGCCAAUAGACCAUGUCUGUACUUGGCUGAGUUAUCUCUUCGGUGCAGAGAUGAAAUUGGAGGUGUAAUUGUGCAAUAGAACACGCAGGUAUGGCGUUUGGGCUGGAGUUUCUUUUUCUUUCCCAAAUGUAUGUAGCAGAAAUGGUAGAUGGCAUGAUGUGAUUCUAAUUCAGCUCAACAAACAAGACUUAUUCUUGGAUUUGUAAUAAGUACCAAAAGUGUUCCUAUUCUGCACCAAAUAAAGAUUAUUAUUUCUAAAAUGUU